GGCGGCGGGGAAUGUGCGGGGGGGGCGGGGAGUGUGUGAGGGGGCGGGACUCGCUACUGUGUCUGCUGACUCCGCUGCCCGGGACUCUCCUACUGGCACCGACUGCCUCACACUGACCCCUCCGCACCCACCUGCCGGCGUUACACUGACUCCCCUUUGUGUGCAGCAGAUAUGGGGAUCAUGAGAGAGAGCUGUGGUGCUGGGGGGCCCCCCAACCGCCCCCUCCGGGUCGGAUUCUAUGACAUUAAGGAGACGCUCGGGAAAGGGAACUUCGCUGUAGUGAAACUGGCGCAGCACCGGGUCACUAACACACAGGUCGCUAUAAAGAUCAUAGAUAAAACUCGCCUGGAUCCCGGGAAUCUGGAGAAGAUUUAUAGAGAAAUAGAAAUUAUGAAGAAACUCAAACACCCCCACAUCAUCCGACUCUACCAGGUGAUGGAGACCAAAGACAUGAUCUACAUCGUAACCGAAUAUGCCAAAAACGGGGAGCUGUUUGAUUACCUGACGGCGCGGGGGCGACUGACGGAGCAGGAGGCGCGACACAAGUUCCUGCAGAUCCUCUCGGCCGUAGAGUUCUGCCACGCCCACUGCGUCGUCCAUAGGGACCUGAAGGCUGAGAAUCUGCUGCUCACUGACAACAUGGACCUAAAGCUGGCAGACUUUGGAUUUGGAAACUUUUAUAAAGAGGGGCAGGCCCUGAACACGUGGUGUGGGAGCCCCCCGUAUGCUGCACCAGAAGUCUUCCAGGGGCAAGAAUAUGAGGGGCCGCCCCUCGAUGUCUGGAGCUUGGGGGUGGUUCUGUAUGUCCUGCUGUGCGGCACAUUCCCGUUUGAUGCCCCCAACCUGCCCACCCUGCGCCAGAGGGUCCUGGAGGGGAGAUUCCGCAUCCCGUACUUCAUGUCUCAGGACUGUGAGUCUCUGAUUCGCCGGAUGUUGGUUGUGGACCCUGCAAAGCGGCUGACUAUUGGGCAGAUAAAGCAGCACCGCUGGGUACAGACGGGCGACUACCUGCCCCCCAUACCCGAUGCCCUCUCCCCGGCGCCACCCUGUCUGCAGGUUCUCAGCCUGAUGCAAAGUCUGGGCAUCGACCGGGAGCGCACCCUGCAGGCUCUGCGCAACGACAGCUACAACCACUACGCCGCCAUUUACUUCCUGCUGGUGGAGCGACUCCAGGAGCCCCGACUUGGGGCCCUUACGCCCCCCUCCCCCGGGCCUGCUGCGCAGAACCCCCCCAGCUGUGAUCAUGUACCUCCCCCAGGCACAGCUGGAAGCCCCCUAGUGUGUGGCCCGCAGGCAGCACCCACGGACUGUGACUGUGGCCUCAGCUUCCCAUUACAGUCUAUGUUGUAUCUGGAAGAGCCCCCCUGUGCUGGGAGUUCAGCUGCUGUACCCCCGGCUCUGCCCCGGGCCCCCCCAUCCUGUCAGGAACCAAAGCUACACAAGGAAAUUCCAAAGGUUGUUCCAAGUCCUGCCGGGUUUCACAGGCCAGAGAGCUGCCGAUUGCCCCCCUGGGUGCCGGUGCCCGCGGGGCCCUAUGAGAGGUGCUGCCCCGCCCCACUGAGUGCCCAGUCUGCCACCCCGGUCCUACAGGCACAGGGCUCAGUGGCACAGAACGGACUCCUGCCCAUCACCUUCCAGGAGGGACGAAGAGCGUCUGACACCUCUCUCACUCAGGGUGCCGUCGCUCUGCGGCAGUUGCGCAAGUCCAUACGGGUCAGAGGGCUCUUCAGUCUCAGUAAGAUCCGCGCCAUGAACCGACAGCGGGGGGUGCGCUGCACUCACACCUCCCACAGCCCCCCGCAGAGCGGGAGGGACCCCAAAGUCUUCCUACAAGAUGUUCUGCAGCAGCAGCGGCUCCUCCAAAUUACAGUGUCCCCCCCGAGCCCCAAGCUGCUGCCCCAGGACCCCAGUGACCAGUGCGCCCCCCUCCUUCCCUAUUCCUACAGCGCAGCUCUGGGGCGCCCCCUGCAGGCCGGAGGCCAGAUCCUCACACCGUGUAACACAGACUGCGGGGUACAGGCAACCCCCCCAGGGACCCACAGCUGUGUGCUCCUGGCAUAGAGAGUUGGCAGCACUGGCACGGAGAGACUUGGCACACACUACAGACUGGCACUGGGUUCUGCCCCCCAACACAGCACAGCAGGACUCAACCAAUCAAAGCACAGAUUUCCGAACAAGCAAUAUAGUGUUUUCUACUGGAACAACUGGUUGUGGCUGCAGCCGAACUGGCAGAGUUGGCUCCAGUAUAGCAAUAUGGGGUCCCCACUGUUACUGGGAGCCCCCCCGAAUGGACCAACUUCUGUCUCGCAUCGCAAUAUGCACUUUCUUAGCUUUACAGCAUUGCAAUACAGGGACCUAGGGGUCCCCACUGUCUGGGGGCAGAGUUUGGGCACAGACUACAAUAGUAAGCUCUGGGGGUCGGGGGUACGGAGAGAUGAAAGGGGUCCCCACUGUCUGGGGGCAGAGUUUGGGCACAGACUACAAUAGUAAGCUCUGGGGGUCGGGGGUACGGAGAGAUGAAAGGGGUCCCCACUGUCUGGGGGCAGAGUUUGGGCACAGACUACAAUAGUAAGCUCUGAGGGUCAGGGGUUUGGAGAGAUGAAGGGGUCCCCCUCUGACUGGGGGCAAUAUUUGGGCUCAGACUACAAUAGUAAGCUCUGAGGGUCAGGGGUACAGAGAGAUGAAGGGACUCCCUUGGGGGGCAGUGUUUGGGCACAGACUACAGUAGUAAGCUCUGAGGGUCGGGGUACAGAGAGAGGAAGGGGUCCCCCUCUGUCUUAGGGGCAGUGUUUGGGCACAGACUACAAUAGUAAGCUCUGAGGGUCAGGGGUACGGAGAGAUAAGGGGGUCCCCCUCUGACUUGACUGGGGGCAGUGUUUGGGCACAGACUACAAUAGUAAGCUCUGAGGGUCAGGGGUACAGAGAGAUAAAGGGGUCCCCCUCUGACUGGGGGCAAUAUUUGGGCACAGAAUAUAAUGAGAAGGAAAUAUGGGAUAGAUUUAUGGGGGGAGUAUAUAGGAAACAGUGUGAGUGCAAGCUCUGUGGGGCAGAUGAAGGGAUCUCUCUCUGUAGACAGUAUUUUGGCACUGAAUUAGAUUGUAAGCUCCCUGGGUAGCGCAGGGGCUAUAAGGACAGUAUUUGGGCACAUAAGGCUCUCGGCUCAGUGGGUCAGACUGUUAUAAAGCAAUUUGUCCGUCUGUUCAUCUGUCCCCCCAAAUAGUGGAUCCCACAUGUUCCCCCUCCAAUCCCCUUCCUGCCGGCGCCGCUGGUGGGCGACAUGCACUUUAUCUGAUCCAGCAACGAGCGGCGGAAUGUACUGAGGGCUCAGCAGCACCGACUGGGUUUGUUACUGUGUAAUUACCCGCCGGCCUGAGCCCCAUUUAUACUCUAUAGCAACACUGACUGAAUAAAUUAUUUUUUUUAUACUAUA